AUGCACGCCCACCGGCUCCCCUUCCUCCUCCUGCACGUCUGGUGGGCCCUGCUCCAGGCGGGCGCCGCCACCGUAGCCUCUGUGCCCCUGCGCACCAGGGGGCAGCCCUCGUCGCCGUCCCCUCUCGCGUAUAUGCUGAGCCUCUACAGGGAACCCUUCCCACGGGGUCCCCUUACCCGCGCAAUCCAACAUUCAGAUGUGGAGGUGAAUGGGCAGAACUGGACCUUUGCUUUUGACUUCUCCUUCCUGAGCCAAAAAGAGGAUCUGGAGUGGGCUGAGCUCCGGCUGCAGCUGUCCAGCCCUGUGGACCUUUCCCCUGAUGUCCCGAUCUCCAUUGAGAUUUUCCAUCAGCCAAAGCUGGAGACAGAUCAGGACCCAACCAAAUGCCUGGAACGUCUUCAGAUGGAACUGUUUACUGUCACUCUGUCCCAGGUUACCUUCUCUUCAGGCAUCAUGGUCCUGGAGGUGACCAGGCCACUCUCCAAGUGGCUGAAGCACCCUGGGAAGUUGGAGGAGCAGAUGUCCAGUUUGGCUAGAGAGUGUUGGCAGCGGCCUCCCACACCAGCUGUCACCAAUGUGCUCCUCCUGCUCUACUCCAACCUGUCUCCUGAGCAGAGGAGGCUCGGUGGCUCCACCUUGCUGUGGGAAGCUGAGAGCUCCUGGCGGGCCCAGGAGGGACAGCUCGUCAGGGAGAGGGGCAGGAGGCACCCUCGACAUCACUUGCCAGACAGAAGCCAACUGUGUCGGAAGGUCAAGUUCCAGGUGGACUUCAACCUGAUUGGAUGGGGCGCCUGGAUCAUCUACCCCAAGCAGUACAAUGCCUAUCGAUGUGAGGGCGAGUGCCCUAACCCUGUGGGGGAGGAGUUCCAUCCAACCAACCACGCUUACAUCCAGAGUCUGCUGAAACGGUACCAGCCCCACCGAGUCCCUUCCACCUGUUGUGCCCCUGUGAAGACCAGGCCAUUGAGCAUGCUGUACGUGGACAACGGCAGAGUCCUUCUAGACCAUCAUAAAGACAUGAUUGUGGAAGAAUGUGGGUGCCUUUGA